UCCCUUCACCACUGCGCCAUGCCCACAUCCAAGGCAUUUCUCAUCUUGGUGCUCGCCGUGCUCACUCCCAUGGCGGCGACCUCCCAGGACACGGCGACGAACCUCACCCUCCACAACCUGUGCGCGUACCCUGUGUGGCCGCUCAUCACUCCGAACAUCGGCCUCCCCGCCAUCCCCGACCUGGACGACGCCGCCAGCCGCCUCGACGGGGGCGGAGAGGGGCUCGUCACCCUGGCGUUCCCUUCCGGCGCGUGGUCCGGCCGCGUCGUGGCGCGCACCGGCUGCAGCAGCAGCGAUGACUACGACUCCUCCUCCCCCUCCUCCUCCUCGACGGCGGCGGUGGCCAGGUGCGUCACGGGCAUGCCGCCGGCGCCGGUGACGGUGGCGCAGGUGAGCGUGCACGGGUCCGGCGGGCUGGCGGAGUACAGCGUGAGCCUGGUGGACGGGUUCAACCUGCCGGUGAUGGUGACGCCGCACGGGUUCGAGCAGGGCCGGCAGUGCCCGUCCCUCGGCUGCGCCGUGGACCUCGACGUGGACUGCCCCCGCGACGCCAGGGCCCCCGCCGGCGGGUGCAGGGCCCAGGGUCAGGGGCACUUCUUCAAGGAGAGGUGCCCGGACACUCGGACGACGCCGACGGACGUGGAGGCCACGCCACAGCGCUGCCUCCAGCCCGGCGAGCUCAAGAUCGUCUUCUGCCCCGAUUCUUCCGACUAGUCACUUGCUACCACACACACUAGGCUAGCUAGACCGGCUGUGUGUCACUCACGAUGCCGGUUAUAUAAUAAGCUAAGCGAUUGAUUGCUGAUUCGCUAAGCCAGAUUCAACCGAAUAAUAUGUUAACUAUUCUUCUUC